AUGGAAAAUGAUCGGAUUGAAAUACAAAUUGAAAAUGAUAAAGGUCCACCUGUAAUGGAAUCGAAACUAUUUACAAAAAAUGCAGCAAUCAGUCAGGACAAAUCGUUUUUAGUUAUAUUUGAAAGUAUCUCGCUAGCAGUCGGUGAUAAUUAUGAUGAUAUCAUAAUACGAAUGUAUAACAUUAGCAGCGAUAAAGCGGGAAAUAAGGAUAUUUCCGAAGCACAUUCUGAAACAUUAACACUUACAUUUACUAAAGAAUAA